AUGGCAAACGCAAACCAGCGACCAUUCCGUGUCGUCAUUUCUGGCGGCGGCAUCGCGGGCCUCACGCUUGCCAACGCGCUCGAGGCAUACAUUAGGGUGCUCCGCAGCAGCGAUGCCAAAGGACGGCCGAUUUCUGGUCCUGACAACGGCGACAAACUUACAAAGGCGAGAACGGGAUACGUCGUGCCUUGGGGAGACCGGGAAAUCCUCCUGCGGGUGCUCUAUGAGAAUCUGCAGGACAGAAGUAAAGUAUUAGUCAACAAGAAAGUAGUCGAUGUCGAGCACAGCUCCGAUGGAGUAAAGGUCUCUUGUCAGGACGGAUCUGCCUACGAAGGCGACGUUUUAGCCGGGGCAGACGGAGUGUUUAGCAAGACACGGGAAAAGCUAUGGCAAUUGGCGGAGACCGAGCACCCAGCCUUAGUCCGGGCGGACCGUAAUGCUCUGACGGCUGAUUACAAUGUUCUCUUUGGCAUCUCUACACUCAAGUCUGAGCUAGUGGAAGGCGAUAUGGACACUGCGUACGACUCCGGUCGGUGCAUGGCAACAAUCAGGGGCCAGGGAGGGAAGACGUACUUCUUUGCCGAAGAAAAGCUCGACAGAACAUACACACUGACUACGAUUCCACGUUACGAUGCCGGAGCAGCUGAAGAUUUCGUCCGAAGACAUGGGGAUCUUGCGGUUCGCCCAGGUAUCACACUGGCUGAGCUCUGGGGAACGACCACUUCCCGACAACUAGUAUCCACUGAAGAGGGUGCAUUCCAAUUAUGGACUUGGGGCCGCAUUGCAUGUCUGGGUGACAGUAUCCACAAGAUGACUCCUAACCUGGGAGCCGGGGCCAAUUCCGCGAUUGAGAGCGCAGCAGCCCUCGCCAAUGAACUCAAGAGCCUUGUCGACAAGAGCCAGGGCGCGGUCCCCUCAGGGAGCGAGGUUCAGCUUGCUCUAGUGAGAUACCAGCAGCGGCGAGAAUUGAGGGCUAAAUGCAUUGUAGAUGCGUCUAGGAUUUGUACCCGUACUCACACCCUCAAUGGACUUGCCGAACGCUUGUUCGUCAAGUUUGCUUUACCACACUCCAGUGACCUCAUCAGCGAGAUGGCCAGCGACAUGGUUGUUGGGUCGGCGAAGAUCGACUAUCUACCUAUACCGAGAGUGAGCUUGACAGGCACGAGACCGUUCAAUCCCUCUUUCGGUGUCGGUAUGAAAGAGAGCAAACUCAAGCGUGCACUGCUUGCGCUUCCUCUCUUGGCGCUCGUCUACGUUGCGAGCGCCACGAUGGAUGCCACGAUCUCUCUCCCCUGGGCAGAAGAACAGGUUAAAAAUGGCACGGUUGUGUUUGACGGCAACCCCAUUCCACUGCGUCUCUCCUUUUACCACAUCAAGGGCCUUGAUUAUCUGUGA